AUGGGGAAUAAGCGUCAGCCGUUUGAAUUUGUUCCCGUGUCUGGAACAAACAUUAAAGGCGAUGCAGCGACGCGAAAACGCGUGAGGAGUCGUGCCCAGGCCGACUACCGGCGAAAAAACCCACCCGCACCAAAGCCUGCACUGAACGACCACUUUGACGUCGGACAAUGGCUACGCGUACUAUCUCAUGAUAUAAGUGCUAUCGAACCGACAGCACUGAAAGCUUCGCCAGCGGCAGCACAGCGCAGCGCGUCUUCGAAUGGCACCGUCGCGCGGUUGUCGCCCUUUGAGCGCAAGGGUUCAGAUGUUUUUCAGCUCAUGAACACAGCGGAGCGAAAUCGUGCCCAGAUACUCUGGCAGCAUUUGUAUGGAGGGACGUGCGUCGUGUUCAAGUCGAUGGUCGAGAUUGGCUUCCUCGAUCUCCUGCAGGAAUCAGCGGCACUUACUCAGAUGCUUUCAUCGUCGGCCUGGCACAUGAGGAACGAAACAGAGGCAAAUUCGGAAAACAAACUGGACUAUGCCAGAUACUCGGUCAUGGCGACUUCUUCGCUGCGCCACAUGCUCUCCGAUCCGUCCAAACGAGUCACACUCGAAACCGUGAUAGCGAUCCUGACGUUUGCAGCCUAUGCGAACUUGACGAGUGAUCCCAAUCUGGUCAAUAUUCAUCUCGAUGGUCUAUGUCACGCACUCAGCUAUGUGGGUGGUCUGCAAUCCAUCGACAGUCUACCCGUCAUCCGGACAAUGGUCUACUGGAUCGAUUUGCGGGCCGCCUUUCUACAGGAUGUCGAACCGCGGUUCCCUCAGCCUAUGACUAUACUAGCCCAGCGGAGCAAGAUUGUCCCUGUGCAGGCAACUGGACUCGUCCCAGAUCUACCCGACGAUGUACAAAUAUCCUUUAUAUGCGAAAGUAUUGAAAAGCUCAAUAUCGUGAUACAGUGUCGACUUGAGACAGCCGGGGAUGGCCUUUGGGGUGACGUUCUAUUCCCGCAGUUUCAUCUUGCACCCAUAUUACACGUCCUGCUUUCAAUGUCGAGAGCUAGCGUGAUGAAUAGCGCAUCCGCGCACAGCAAAGAACUUUUUCGCCUGGCGGCUGUCCUCUAUCUUUGCAAACUAUGGACCCUGUUCGGCAUGGACAUGGUCGGAGAUGCCCGGUACGUGGCUAAAUUGGAGCUGUCCUGGACGCAGCAGGACCUUUCUCUCAUCUGGUGCUUUGAAAGGCCCCUCUUUCUCUGGACAAUUCUCGUCUCUUGCACGUACGAAAAAGCACCAGUUGAGAUGCGACGAGAAAUGGUCCAUUUGCUACAAGAACAUGGCUGGCAAUAUCAUCAGCCUCUCGGCGUCGUUCCCCGAAGCCUAUGGAGCGAGUCAGCCCUCGGCUCCCCCGACCCCAUUCUCCAAUGCGGCGAGUCCUCAACAUAA